AACCAGUCCUCUGAUCUGUGAAAAACUUUGGGUGUCUCUAGGAUUUCAAUAUUCAAAGUGUCCCAAAGCAAAAGUAUCAAACUAGCUAUAGGGUUAUUGUAGAGGGUCCCAUGUCACUUUUGCAUAGCAAACAAACCUGACAUCAAGCUCUUACAAUAUGCUUAUAAUUAUGUUCCAUUGCAUUCUUGGAAGCAUUCCUGAUUGUCAAGUCUCAGUGACACUGUUGCAGCAAAGUUAGGGUCAGGGUCAGCAAUGGUGGAUUGGGCGCCAAUUCUGAUAGGGCUAUUGCUCUUCAUACUUCUCUCCCCUGGUCUCCUCUUCCAGCUUCCAGGGAACACCAGGGCAGUGGAAUUUGGCAACUUCAAAACAAAUGGGAAAGCCAUUGUGAUCCACACUCUCCUCUUUUUUGGCCUCUUCACAAUCCUCAUUUUGGCAGUCGGCAUCCAUAUCUACAUUGGCUAAUUUUCGUAUGCACAAUCCAAACACACCAAUGAUCAUCCAAUGAGACCUUGGUUUGACACUAUAUUUUAUUUUUUUAAAAUUCUUUUCUAUGUAGUAAUCUGAUAGUGUUCUAAUUACCCCUUUGCGAUUUCAUUACAUCUGCCAUAUGUAGAAACUGCACGGUAAUUCUUUGUUCUGGUUUCACAAUGUCAUUUCUUGAUGGUUGAACUGCUUCCUUUUGAUAAUGGACAUUGCACCAAAUUAAGAUAUCUUGGCAUAGUCAUGUUAAUUUU